AUGGCCUUAGUAGGAGCCUUUCUUAUCCACCUGACUCUUGGAAGUCUACACGCCUUCGGCAAUAUAGCGCCUUCAAUUAUUGCGUAUAUGCGACUACUACAGCCAUCUACUACCAUCCGCUACCACGAUGGGCUUGUGUUGUAUGUCUCCGCGGUGCUGGUCCAGGGCAUAGCAGGGUUCUUUGGCGGAAGGCUUCACAGAGCCCUAGGACCCACUAAGGCGACCCUUCUUGGUGGAUCUGUCAUGAGUAUUGGUCUUGUCAUGUCCGCGUUGACUCUCCAUAGUUGCUUCCUUUUCUGCCUCUCGUUUGGCGUCGUCACUGCCAUUGGGAGCGGCCUCUGCUACCCUGUGCCGCUCACUUGCGCUCUGGAGUGGCAACCAGAUCGAAAAGGCACAGUGAGCUGCGUGAUAUUCCUUGGGCGCAGCUUGUCCGUCUGUCUGCUGUGCCCAAUACAUUCUUUGCUACUUUUUCGCAAUACGCAACACUCGUUGCUCUCCUUUGUCUCACCUGGAGGAGCGGAAGAUGGCUUGGCAGUGCCUGAAGUCUAUGUGUCCGACACAGCUGUGCUGCAACGCCUGCCAGCACUGUUCCUCCUGAUGGCAGGUGCAUGCUUGGCACUUCAGGCCUUGGGCGCUGCGCUCUUAUCUGACCCACCGCCGCUGCCAAUGGACUCUCAUGAACGGCGGAAGCUGAUUGAAGAGAUCCGUUCGCCCUCACCUGCCACGGCGGCUUCGCUGCUAUCCUCCUUCGUGCUGACACCCCAGGACCUUUGCAGCUCUUCGUCAUUCUGGUUGUUGUUCAUGAUGCUGUUCUUUUCUUGGCAGUCUGUACUUGUAGCUGCGUACAUGUGGAAGAUUGUGCCAUUUGUCUUCAUCCACCAUGCUUCUGUUAGCUCCUAUGUCGAUACGCCGGAUCUUAACGUCGCCCCAACGCUGACAGACGGUCUCCAAAGCUGGCAGUCGGUAACAGACUUGCACCUAAGCACAAUUGGCGCAGUUGCAGGCGCUUUGUGCGUAGCGGGGCGUCUAGUUUGGGGCUAUGUCGGCAACAAAGCUGGUAAUAAGCGCGCUCUCAUCAUUAUGAAUCUUUGCAUGGCGGCGCUCUUGGUAACGUUCAUGAGCCGCAGUAUGGCUUCCCCUCGAGAUUUCGCGCUGUGGCUUGCCUUACUUAACGCAUGCCACGGCGGACUGUUUUCAGUGCUGCCAUCCCUCACCUCGGACUUGUUUGGCCACAAGAACUUUGGGCCUGUCUUUUCGCUGCUCUUUGCGGCAAGGCUUUGCGCCGCCGCGUGCAUAUGUGUCGUGCUAGAGCUUGCAGACGGAGUGACGCUGUGCAUGACUUUGGCUGGGUGCCAUGUCCUAUGUGCGGGUUUGGCCCUGGCCUUCCAUCCAACUGAAGCUCUGCCCAAUCCGUAUAAGCUGGUGAUGACCUAA